AAAAUUUUAUAAUGAAAACAAUUAAAAUAUUUUGUUUCAAUCGUAUGAAUAUUAUAAAAGGCUAAUUUAAUACCCGAUUGUUGAUACUUAAAAACGUUUUGAAGUCGAGCACAUUCCUCCUCCUGCUCUUCAGCAACUAACUACUUACUUCGUAAUAUUCGAACAAAUAAAUGCUCACUCCCUCGCCGAUAAACAUGUAUAAACACAUAAAUGUGUAUACGCACACGCCGUAGGCCAAUUUCACAUUGUUAAUCCGGUUUAGAAUUCGGAUGGAAAUUGAGCGCAAUUUAACUACGUGCGUGCGUGCGUGUGUGUACGUGUACGUGUGUGUGUGUGUGUACGGUGUAUGUAUUUAAUCCUUAGGAAAUAUCCAGAAAAACGGGGACGGCAACAAAUAAAAAUAUAUGUGUAUAAAAAGUCGUUUAAAUGUCGGCGUAGUAUAAAAAAUCAUAAUUUUUGGACCACUCUUUUUUUCAUUUCGUACACGUAAAAAACUAUACACAUAUAUUUUUUUAUUAUUCCUCCCGACGUACUGCUCGGGUUGCUAAAAUAUUGAUUGUCGGAUAGCUGUUCCGCUCCGUUGCUGAGGACCGCGCGGCGGCGGCGAGAGUGAGUGUAGGACGCUUUUUUUUAAACAACGUUCUCCUACACACACGCACACACGCGCGCGCUCGUACGUCGCAACGCGCACAGGGUUCGUCUGGGACGUACAUUUGGCAACGCCGCCGGGUUGUUCGGCGGCGGCGGCGGCGUCGCUCCCUCUAGCGCGCGCCAUACGAUCGUCUCGUCGUCUCGCGCGCUGGUAUUUUUUUUCUCUAUUCUGUCCCGUCUUUGCUGCCCGCCGCCGCCGCCGCUACCGCCGACGACACCGCCUCCGCGCGACCGCGCCACUCAUUCCGGUUCUAUACCGUGCGCGCGCGCGCUCGCUCGCCGGGUUUUUUCAGUCGCCCCUUACCGCUCCACCGCCUCUUCCUCCGACGUUUGUUAUGUAUGCCGACGGCCAGUCGCACACGCACCGCCGUCUCCCCCGAUUGUAUAGUAUCCGCCGUAGCCGCUGAGCCGGUGUUUACGGUCCCGCCGUUCGCGAGUGUUUUACGGAUCCCGCAGAGCUUUUUUCCGCGUCUCCGCCGACACCGCCGUUGUGGUUCGUCCGCUGCGUAAAGAGGACAACCGUAAAGUAUAAAAAAUCCAAAUCAAAAGUUAUUUCAACGUUAUUGCCGCGUGACAACUAUUCUUCCAUCGUUCCUCCGUUCGUAUCGUAUACUCAUUAUAAUAAUACCACGCACGUCGCUCACCGUAUCAUCACGAGUCAUGAGGACUCCCGCUGAUGUCCACAUGAUUACUGGCUACAUUACUACUUGGAAGUGAUGAAGGGGAUAUUAUGGCAAUCAAUUUCUCAGCAUCAUUUGCAGCAUGUCUGGCAGCAGGCCUCAAAGUUCCUCGGAAUUUUAUGUAUUGCAUUGCUCAAGAGAACGGUGCUCCAUAUGUUAUAUACAACAAGGAUGGCCACCACCAACAAGGGCCAAAUGGCAGUAAUGGUCAAUGGGGACCAGGGCCUUCUCAAAAUGGUUACCCAUCUCUUGUAUCAAGUCAACAUGAACCUACAGAACAAUCGACUGAACAGGCUUCUCAAUCAACAAUUGCAUCACCUUUACCAUCGCCCUAUCCUAAUACCAACCAUUCAAUUCAAGGUUCUGGAAAUGGUGGUGAAGAAGAAACACCACCAGAUGAUAGUGUUGUUGAAUCAGACCGUACCCAGCCAGGCCAAUAUGGUCCGGGCGAUCCAUCCAAUUACUACUCUGGUGUAAGAGGUGGACCUCCUCAUAUGCUGAGUCCUUCAAGUUUUAUGUCAUACUUAAAACAGCCUGGUGUUAUGUUAACUCCUUUAAAUCCAGCAGAAGCAUCUGGUGAUUUUCCUAAUAUGCCGGAUCUUAUUCACCAACAACAAGAUGCAUCUGGAAAAAAAGGUUCAGAUCUACGACUUUUUAAGUGUCUUUCAUGUGGCAAAGACUUUAAACAAAAAGCUACACUUAUGCAACAUGAACGAAUACAUACCGACUCUAGGCCAUUUGUGUGCAGUGAUUGUGGUAAACGAUUUCGUCAACAGUCUCAUUUAACACAACAUGUGCGUAUACACGCUAAUGAAAAACCAUUUGUAUGUAUCUACUGUGAACGAACCUUCAGACAGCGGGCCAUCCUUAACCAGCAUCUACGGAUUCAUUCGGGUGAGAAACCGUACGGGUGUGGAGAUUGCGGCAAGGCGUUCCGGCAGAAAGCCAUCCUGAACCAGCACAUCCGCACUCACCAAGGCGAGCACUCUCAUUCCUCGUUAAAUAGUAGCGAUUCCUCAAGCUCACCUCCGCCCUCUCAACUUCACACUAAUUUAAACGCUUUUUUCAAGUCCUCGGCUGAAGCGUUUAGAAUGAAAUACUACCCGAAUUUAAGCGAUAGCGCACAAGACGAACAACACUUGACCAACUCAGAAUUUAGAAAUGUCGCUUCGAGAUUGUUACAAAAUAAUUUCAAAGCUAAACAAUUAAAUUCCACUAUCUAUAAUUCUUCAUUUAAUAGUCCCAAAACUUCUUUAAACUUGCUGGACAUACCUACGAGAUCAUUUUCUAGAACCAUUGUUAGGACAAAUGAAGCUCAUAUUAGAAAUGAAGAAGGUCUCCCUAUGAGAGUUGUAACUGAAGUUGACAAAAAUGUGGGUCCACACUUAGUGUAUAAAAACGGACAACUCUGGCCACAAGAUGUGCCAUUACCGCAGUCUAAAAGUAGUCAAUAUGAUACAAACGAUCCAUGUUUUUCUCCAGAAAACGCUCCUCAGUUCCCUGCAUAUUUUAAAGAUGCCAAAGGUGUAGUUCAUGAAAUUUUUGGCCAGGCUGGUAAAAGUUUACCUGAUGUAAUUCAGCAUGGUCGUAGUGCUGGCAUGCCACUUUAUGUUCGUUGCCCAAUAUGUAAUAAAGAAUUCAAGCAGAAAUCUACUUUACUUCAGCACGGUUGCAUUCAUAUAGAAUCUCGACCAUAUCCUUGUGUAGAAUGUGGCAAACGAUUUCGACAACAGUCACAUCUAACUCAACAUCUACGUAUACAUACAAAUGAAAAACCAUUCACAUGCAUUUAUUGUGGACGAAAUUUCCGACAACGGACUAUAUUAAAUCAACACUUACGUAUUCAUACUGGUGAGAAACCAUAUAAAUGUUUGCAAUGUGGAAAAGAUUUUAGGCAAAAAGCUAUACUUGACCAACACACGAGAACUCAUCAAGGAGAAAGACCAUUUUGCUGCCCAAUGCCAAAUUGUCGCCGUAGAUUUGGUACAGAACAAGAAGUCAAACGUCACAUUGAUAACCAUAUGAAUCCACAUGCUAAUAAACGUAGAUCAGAUAGUGGUAAACCUGGCAGGCCACCACAUUUAAAUACUAUACUCAAUCAACCAUCAGGCAUUGUCAAACCAGAGUUGUACUUUCCACAGUGUUAUGGAAUGCCAUCACCUUUUGUUAACCAUCAUCACCCUCAACAAAGUUUUGUGUCUUCUACACCAGUUAAUCAUGUUCCUCCACCUCCUCCACCAGAGUUUAAAGGUCCACCACCAGCAGUCAACAAUUCGUCAGAUUUUAAGCCUCCAUCUGCAAAUCUUACAACUGCUGCACCUAUUGCUGUUGUUCAAAAUGUUUUGUACUUUGAAAAUGAACGUUCUACAUUGACCGAUAGUGAUAGUGGCGAACUUGAAGAAUGGAACAUCACUACAAGUAUUACAUCAUCUGGAAAACUAUCUAAUUCUUCAAUGUCUCUUAUACCCAAUAAAAUGAUUCGAAAACUUUGCCGUAUAUGUGGUGAUGUGGGUUCUAUUCACAUAUUUGGAUCAAUGGGACAGUCGUUAGAUUUAUCUGAAAAGAUAAACACAUUAUUACCAAUACAUACAACACUUAGUGACCGCCUUUCAACAGUAAUAUGCGAGGCUUGUGUUGGUCAAAUUAUUACAAUGAGCCAAAUAGUUGAGAAAGGAAUUCACACAAAUGAAUUGAUGAUCAAACUGCUGAAAAUGAAAGAUGAUACUUUUCAAAAACGGAUGUUACAACUUUGUCGUAUUUGUGGAGAUCCUGGAAUGAUGGAUAUAUUUGGCCAAUAUGAUGAAAAUUAUGUUUGCUUAGCUGAUAAGAUAAACUCAUUUUUAUUACUUCAAGUAUCUCCUACAGAUAAGCUUUCAAUGAAAAUUUGUCAUAAUUGUAGUAAUCAAAUAAAAGAUGUGUAUCCUAUAUUUGAAUUUUGUCAUAAUACUACAAAUCUAAUGUUGAUGAUUAUUGGAGACAUGACAAAGGAUAUUAUCAAAACUGAAACUGAUCCAAUAGAAAUUACCUCUGAAAUCACUGAAGCCUUUCAAGAAAACAUUAGUUUGGGAAAUAGUGAAUUAAAUAUUGAGGAUAUUAAUAACAAAGAAAAUAAGUUUGGUAAUAAUUUUAACAGAGAAAAAAAUGAUGAAAAAAACAUACUUAUAAGUAAAGACAAUUUUAUAAAUUCAAAUCAGACACAAUGUUUACGCUGCACAAAUAUUUUCACUAGUGGUACAGAUUUGAGACAUCAUAUUUUGUUGAACCAUAAUUUGAAAGAAUUGGACUGCCAUCAUUGUUUCCGUCGUUGUUCCAAUUUAUUGGAGUUUGAAAGUCAUGUUAAAUUACAUUUCCUUCCGGAAUGUCCGUACUAUAAAUGCGAUUUAUGUUUGAUGUGUUUUAACAGUUUAGGGAAUCUUGUACGCCACAUAAAAACUCAUGACCUGCCGCGUAUUGUUGAAUGGGCACUAGCAUACAAUCUUCCUAAUAGUUCUAUUUCUUUUAACUGUCGUUACUGUAGCAAGAUUUACACUCGUGAAACAUCUAGACGAAUGCACGAACGAAGUCAUUUUGCAUGUUUGAUAUGCGAGACGUGUGGAAAAUUAUUGCCAAACAAAUCACAGUUGAAUGUUCAUCAGCGCCAGCAUACUGGUGAAAGGCCGUAUGGAUGUAUAAACUGUGGUUCUUCAUUCAAAUGUUUGUCUACUUUACGUCAACAUGAAGUUGUACAUUCGGAAAAAAAAUACAGUUGUGAAGUUUGCCUGCGUAAAUUUAGUCGGCCAGAAAAAGUUCGUAUUCACAUGCGAGUACAUACAGGUGAAAAGCCUUAUAAUUGCUCUAUGUGUCAUAAAAAAUAUCAACAAAAAAAUGAUUUGAAUCGGCAUUUAAAAAAAAAACACGAAACACUAAAUCAAAUAAAUAUGAACAAUUUCAGAUAA